UGUGUUUUCUUCACUACACACACACAAACGCGCACACACCGAGGUUUCCCUUAAAUGGCGAAAACGCACAAAGUACAGCUGACCUCGGGAGAUUAGAGGAAUAACUAGUGGUAGGUAAAAGGAAACAGAAAGAACGUAAACAAAACAAGUGACUGCUCGUCUGGUGCUCGUCUGCGGGACGGUGAACUCUGCUCCGCCUCAUGGUUGUGCUUCUAGUCCGAGAGGAAAACUUCUGCCGUUCAGAGACGAAAACAACAACGAUAAAAGCACCGGGACGUUUGUACAUCCAGGAACCCAAAACAGAUGUGCACGAGACCAGAGACCUCCGUUUGAUAAGACCACAUCCAACCAAACCUCCCCUGGGAAGACUUAGUGUUUGAUGCCACCAGGAUGGGGAACAGCAGCAGCGACAGGUCCAGUGGGGGUCAGGGUGAGAGAGGGAAAGAGGCAAGCGCCACCAUCCUGAUAGACAACUCAGAGGACGGAGACCUUUUCCAGAGAGAAGACACAAAGGCUCCUGAGGAAAUACAGGAAUUUCUGGCCUGGCAGCAUGACCUGGUGAGUGAUGGCAAAAGUCCAACCCAGGACAGACCCACUAUGUUCAGGUGGCCGGGGGCCGCCAAGGAAGUUUUUGUGUCCGGCUCCUUUAACAACUGGGCCACCAAGAUCCCUCUCAACAAAAGUCAGAAAAACUUUGUGGCUAUUGUGGACCUGCCAGAGGGAGAGCACCAGUACAAGUUCUGUGUAGACGGUCAGUGGACCUUGGAUCCUACUGGGGCCGUGGUGACGUCUAAAACUGGCUCAGUUAAUAAUGUCAUCCAGGUGAAGACAACUGACUUUGAAGUCUUUGACGCUCUCAGGAUCGACUCGGAGGAUACUGCUGACAUCUCGGACUUGUCCAGUUCCCCUCCCGGCCCCUACCUACAGGAUGCAUAUGUGACCAAGCCAGAGGACAAGAUCAAGAAUCCUCCCUACCUACCUCCCCACCUGCUGCAAGUGCUGCUCAACAAGGACACGGGUAUUUCUUGUGACCCAACACUGCUUCCAGAACCCAACCAUGUGAUGCUCAAUCACCUGUACGCCCUCUCCAUCAAGGACGGCGUGAUGGUCCUCAGUGCAACGCACCGAUACAAAAAGAAAUAUGUGACCACACUUCUCUACAAGCCAGUAUAAUCCACAGAGCUAUGAUGCAGCCUCUUAUUUUAUAAUUCAUCUGUUGUACACAGCUGCUGCUCGCAUUGUUUUGUUAAAACUACAACUAAUUAUCUUCCUGAUAUCAAUCCAAAACAUUUGAUACAUCUGUUUUACCAUCCUGUAAUCCCAUAAUCUAAUAAAAUGUAUUUAAAGUUG